AUGACCAGCUCCACCGUCACCUACGUGGGCCAUAUCUCGCAGGCCAACUACGCCGCCGCCAACGCGGUGCUGGACAACCUGGCGCGACAGCGCGUCCGUCUCGGCCUGCCGGUGGCCACCGUGUCACUAGGACCCAUCAAGGGCGUGGGGACACUCAACCGCAAGCCCGAAUACUCAGAGAACCUUCUCCGGUCCGGACUGAUCGAGGCCGAAGACGGAGGAACCGCCGGCGAUGCGGCCGCGGAUGUCAACGCCGACGACCGCGACAGGGCCAUGAUUGUCCUGGCUGAGGCUGUCGCUCAGCGUCUGGCCAAGCUCCUUUUCAUCCCGCUCGAGGACAUCGACAUCAGUCGCCCCUUCUCGCACUUUGGCCUCGACAGCAUGUCCGGCAGCGAGCUCAUCCAUUGGCUGAGCCAGAGGUUCGGCCUGGGCAUGUCGUUCUUGCAGCUCCUGGCCCCUUCCUGUACCCCCAAGUCGCUGGGAGGGAGCAUCUUUGAUACCAUUGCCAAGGCAAAGGUUGUUGCGGCAGAGGUGGCGGCGACGGUUGUUACGAUCCCUGAGAAGGAGGGUCGGACUCAUGCAGCCAUGCGAAGAGCGAUUGCCGACCCUCAACCCGUCAUGCACUCCUACGUAUGCACCGUCAUCAAUCGCAAUGGCGAGCAACUGUAUUCGCUGACCGAGGGCACAAUGUCCAAAGAUGGCGGCACCCCCGCAGACUUUGACGGGGUGUAUGGGAUGGCGUCUCUCUCCAAGCUCAUGACAACCGUCGCCAUAAUGCAGUGCGUGGAGCGCGGCCAGAUCUCCCUCGACGAUGACGUGGCCCCGAUCCUGCCGGACUUGUGUUCGCUCCCGGUGCUCGACGGGGUCGACGCCGAAGGACAAUGUCGGACGAAACCUCGAACCAAGCCCAUCACGAUGCGGUUACUGAUGAGCCAUCAGAGCGGCUGCGGAUACCACGAGAGUCCGGGGCUGCCCCGAUGGGGACGGCAGAACGGCCAGACGAGCAGCACCUUUGACAGUGACUUUGAAGCAAUGAAGACCUACCCGCUCAUCUUCGAGCCAGGCGAAGGCUGGAUGUACGGCUCCGGCUUCGACUGGGCAGGGGAGUACAUCGCGCGGAUCAACCACACGACACUGGAGGAAUUGAUGCGCGUCAACAUCUGGGAACCUCUCGGAAUGGACUCGACGACCUUCCACCCGGAGCGACACCCGGGCAUGAUGGACCGGAUCGUGCCCAUGUACGAGCGCACCAACGACCAAGGCCUCGCACCACGGGGACCGCUCUCGCACAUCCCAGCCCGGCACGACUGCGGCGGCCACGGCAUAUGGUCGACGCCCCGCGACUGGACGCGGUUCCUGGGCAUGGUUCUUGCGGACGGAGCCCCCCUUCUCUCGCCCGCCAGCAUGGACGAGAUCUUCCGACCACAGACGGCCGACGUCCCCGAGCUGCAGGCCCUCUUGUCUGGCCCGCUGCGCGCAUCCCUGCUCUCGACGGUGGCUAUGGAGGCCGGUGCGAUUGAGAUCGCCUUCGGGGGGCCGCUCUACAUGGACGCUGUGCCUGGGAGACGCUCCGCCGGAUCCUUGCAGUGGGCCGGCCGUCCGAAUAUGUUUUGGUGGAUUGACCGCGCCAAGGGCGUCGCUGCUACUACCUUCACCCAGGUCAUUUCUCCUGCUGAUACCCGGUUCGCGGCGUUGACUAGUGCGUUGGAGAGGGCGGUAUAUGCGGAACUGGUGUGA